AUGUUUCUGCGAGUGAGCUUGCUUCUGUUCGCCGCCGUUCCCGCUAUACACUCGGAUGAAACUUGCGCAGGGGGUGUCUGCGAGGAUAUAGCUCAAGAAAUACAAGCCGACGCCAACAUCGAGAUACAUCCAUGCGACAAUUUCUACGGCUACGUUUGCGGCAACAGGCAACCCCGAGACGAUCGCUCUCAGAUCAUGAUCGAUAUCCUGAACACGGUCGAGCCGGUCACCCCUGUACAAAGACAGGCUUACCUCUUCUAUCGAUCAUGCGUCCUGCAAAGCACGCCCGUGGAGCGCAGAGCCAACUUCGCGGCUUUGAACAAUAUGGUCCGAGACUUGGGAGGCUGGAUAGUGGACGCGGACUUGUCUGAUUUUAAUGGCGUUGUACAAAGGGCUCAUCAGAAGUAUCGUCUCGAUGUUUUUUUCUCCUGGAAAGUGACACAAGACUUGGAAAAUCCCGCGAAAGCAGUUCCAUCGAUAUCGAUGGACACAUUCAGCGCAGAUCUACUUCUCAAACCCGGAACAGCUCCCGACCAGUUCUGCGAGUUCAUCUUGCAGUUGAUGCAUAUGUGGAAUCGAGGAAUAUACGGGGUCAAACCGCCGGAUAUCCAACUUGAGCUGACUGACGUGAUAGAAUUGCAUAAACAGCUACAGAUCAGGACCAGGAGACCCGAAAGUCCACGAAAGAUGAGAAUGGCUGAGAUAGCGCAAAUCGCUCCAUUCCUCGAUUGGGUCAGCUUUUUCGCCAUGGCAUAUGAUACGGUCGGCGUUUCUCUCUUUCCGUCGGCACCCAUGGUACAGAUCGAAUACCCUGAAACCUUGAGCCAGGUAUCGGCUGUCGUCUCGCAGUACUUGAGUGAGCCGCCGAGGAAAGCCUUGUUGCAUCAUUACAUCAUUCUACGGGCCUUGUUCGAGAUGAGUCAAAAUCUUGCACCCGCGGAUGAGAAUCUGGAGGAACGAUGCGUAGAAGAGGGCUUCACGGAGAUGACACCAAUUUUCAACUCGAUUUUCGUCAGAAACGUUAUUCCUCCAGGAUCGCUAGUGCGGGAGGAUGUGACGACUAUGUUCUUCGCCCUCAGAAGAGCCCUCCUAAAUACUCUCCCCCAACUAACCCGACUCGAUGAGUCUCGCUUGAACUACCUCACGCAACAGCUCGAGAGAGUCCACUUCUUCGCCGGCUACAUGAACACUUCCUUCGACGAUGAAUUCUUCGCGGAGAAAUACAGUACGCUCGAUUUGGAAGGAAAAUGCUUCAUUGAGAACAAACUUAUUCUGCGGGAAUUCAGCAAGACUGAGAACGUAGCUCAUGCACCGAAUUACGUGGUCGAAGACUUCCUCGAUGGGUUUCGGGUCAACGAGGUGAACGCCUUCUUCAGCAAGAAACGGAACUCUAUAUAUCUUCCGGUGGGAUUGAUGAUGAAACCAUUCUACGAGCUACAAUAUCCCGAUUUCUUGAAGUACGGAGCGAUCGGUAGUAUCCUCGCCCACGAGUUGACCCAUGCGCUGAUGACGAAUCUCGUAAACGUCGCCCCUGGAGGGUGGGAAGUCACGCCUGCCGAAGCAGUCUUCAGGGAACGGGCGAUGUGUUUCGUGAAGCAGUACUCUUCUUACGGAACCGAGAAUAUGAGGGUUGACGGUUUGGCGACGCUGGAGGAAAACCUGGGCGACAACAUCGGCCUAGCUAUCGCUUUUCAUGUCUACAAAUCUCGAGCCACGGGUCGAGUCCACUUACCGCAACUGGGUCUGAACAGCGACCAGCUCUUCUUCGUUUCGUACGCUCGCAGUUUCUGCGUGCGGCCAGGAGAAAGAGACUCACAGGCGUUGCUCUCGAACGCGCAUACACCGGAUUCGUACAGAGUCAAUGGAGCUCUGUCGAACAUCCGGGACUUCAGCCUGGCUUUCAAAUGCAACAGGAACAGUUUGAUGACCUCAGACUAUAAAUGCAACGCGUGGGAAUCGGAGGUCGGUAGAGCCUGCGUCUGUGAUGAUCUCUCUGUUUGGCUCGUCAUGAAUUCCAGGAAGACCGUCAUCAAGCCGCAAAUACUUCGUCAUUUAUUCCUAUUCAAGCCCCUAGUCGUCGUCUAG